AUCAUUUUUGCUUCUGUGAUUUGAAAGUUCAUUGGGUUCUGCAGUGCAUGCGCGGUUUAGGCUGAGAUUGGUUUUCGUUUGUUUGAGUUUGGUUCGUGUUUGCCUGUUGAUUCCGAGUGCGGCAUUGUUUGUUCUGCUCCGUGCUACAUUCAGUAGUGCUCAUGGCUCCCAAGAUAGAAAAGUCGCAGCCCAAGGACAAAGGAAAGAGGCGGGAUUUUGAUCCGCGCAGAUUAGGGAAAGAUGAUCGUUUCGUUUUCAACUUGAGGUUUGAUGAUCAACAUCUUAUAUAUAAUUUCAUUACAUUUAUAGUUCAAUUGCGAUAUUUCGCUGCUUGUGGAGGGGAAAGAUUUAUAAGAGAAAAAUUGGAUUAUAAAUUGUGUUUAGGAGAUGAUAAGUCCUACAAAAACCUAUUUAUGAUAGUAGCCUUUUAUUUUGAGGGUGGAUAUGGGAUUGAUUUUCUAAUCUAUAAGCCAAAUGUGUAUAAUGUUGGCUUUUUCAUCGAGAACAAAUGGUAUGUGGUUAAAGAUUUUUCGGAUUUAACUCAUCACAAAUUUACAAAAUCGGAGGAAUUAAAGUAUGAUUCUAGCUAUCGUCUUGGAUGUCCCACCCAUUUCUCCCUCAUUGUGUUUAAGGAAUCGAUUAUAAAUGUUUUUAAUUCGCGUGAUGAGAAGUCAUUUCGAAAUUUGUGUGUUAUUCUGUGUGAAACGAUGAGAUCGGAUGAAAUUUUGCGUGUAAUAUCGAAAUCUUUGGGUAUGAAUAAUGGAGAGCCAAGACAGGUUACUUUGAACAGGAGACAAUUAGAUACUAUCUUGAAUUGGGGGCACACUAGUGGAGUAUGGUAUUUGUAUGAUUUGGGAUUUGAGUGGGAUCCGUUACGGUUAUAUACUCAGUUAGGGUUAAGGGAUGCCAAAGAGUGUUCUGCUUCACUAGGAUUGGCAUUGAAAAUGGAUCAAAAAUUUGAGUUUUACAUUGACAAAUUAAGGGCACUAGAUGAGCAUAAGCGUAGACAAACACAAAGAAGACCUAUCGACGACAUUAAAGGAUUUAUAACUACGGAAAAGUGGCAGAAAAUGGAAGUUAUGGACAAACUGGAGGACGAUAUUUAACUAAAUGUGGAACAAAAUAAGCUGAAGAAAUCUGACUAUAAAUUUGAAGCUGUCAAAGAGGAAAAUGAUGGCCAGAUAUUUCGAAAUGCCAGUAAAACAACUAUAGGCCCGUCUAUGCAAACCUUCUCAUGCUGAGGUAACCAUUUGGCUUUCCUUCCGUAAAAGGUGAAUUAGCAAACAAUGCUGUUGCAAUCUGUUUGGUCAUAACACAGGUUUGGCCUCGUACUAUCAUGUA